CGGACGCUGACCUCGCACUCGCGUCCUGACUGUCCAAGUCUGGGUGUCCCCAGCCCUGACUCAUCGUCCACAAUGCACCGGGCGGGGGCGGGGCGGGGCUUCCGGGCGCUGGGCAUGCUGGGAACUGUAGUUCCAGAGCGCCCCCGGCCACUGCGGUCCAGCUGACCUAGCGCGAUCUCCAAGCGUCCCUUGUCUCCCCAAAACUCCUUUAACCGCCUGUCCGAAUUAGACUCUAGUCCUCCGAAGGGGUGAAGGGAUAGGAGGGGACGGGAGAGAGAGGAACUUAGACGGCUGCAGCUAGAGGGGUAGAGGUUGACUGAAGGGAGGACCUCCCCGAUGGAGUUAAGAGAAGGGAGAAGACAGUCAUGGAAAGGCAACUCUCGGGGUCCCUCCCGAAUCUGCCUCCACCUACACAAAAGGGAGGGGAACUGUGCGCUGGGGGACUCCAACUGGGCUGUGAGCCUCUCGUGCAGCGUGCUCUCCGCCCUAGGAGGUGCCACUCAGAACCCCUGAAGUUUCACAGGAGCAGGGACCCCGGUUCAGCGGCUCUCUGAAGGCCUCCGAGACCUCCUGUCUGCCCUCCGUUUAUUCCAGAGUCCCUGUGGUCACCUAGACCUCAGGGCAGAUGGGUUCUGCCCGGUCCCGAGAAGACCUGAGUGGAAACGCUCGUUUCUCCCCACUCCCAGUCCCUUUCCUCAGCUUCUCUAGCCCUGGCCAAGAAGUCCCAGGCAAUGUACCACCCUGCUUUCUGCACCUCCCCGGGGGGUCAGGCCCGGGAGGGAGCCCGCUGGGCCCAGCUUCCUUUCUCCUUGGGGGAGACUGCCCCUUGUGAAAGCCUGGCUGAGUGCUGCAGGCCUUGGGGGCAGGGGCCCAGGUGUGGGAAGCUAGGUGGUGGUGGUGCCACCCUGAGGGACAGCAGGCCAGUUCAGAGAUGCGAGAACUGAGUGGGGAGAGGGCAGCUCAACUCCAAUCCCAGCGGAUUAGGGAGAUUAAAGCCAGAGAAGGGAGAGAUGUCCCAGAGACCAAGAGGUGAAAAACAGGGGUCCUUUUGGAGGGGAGGCCUGGGAGUGAAGUGGGGGAGACUGGGACUCAGAACUCUUUCUCCCCAGUUCUUUCCAUGGGGUUGGGGUGCUGGGAAGCCGAGGUGGCUGAGCGUGUCAGUCUGUGUCUCCUCCCCACCCCAACCUCCCCUCACUUGCCUUCCGCCAGCUCCCAGGUCAGCCCUCUGGCUCCUGGCACCCCCACUCUUGCGGUGGGCACCCCCGCUCCUGGCCGUGCUACACAGCGACCUCUUCCAGGCCCUGCUGGACAUCCUGGACUAUUACGAGGCUUCCAUCUCAGAGAGUCAGAAAUACCGCUACCAAGAUGAAGACACGCCCCCUCUGGAGCACAGCCCGGCCCACCUCCCCAACCAGGUAAACGCCCCCGAACUGGUGCACGUGGCGGAGAGGAACUUGUCCCACCUCGAGGCCGUCCACGGGGUCGUGGGCCACGCCCACCUCUCCCCCCUCAAGGCCAAUUCUCCCCCUGUGAUUGUCAACACAGACACCCUAGAAGCCCCAGGAUAUGUGAACGGGACCGAGGGGGAGAUGGAAUACGAGGAGAUCACAUUGGAAAGGGGUAACUCAGGUCUGGGCUUCAGCAUCGCAGGUGGCACUGACAACCCACACAUCGGUGACGACCCAUCCAUCUUCAUCACCAAGAUCAUUCCUGGCGGGGCUGCGGCCCAGGAUGGCCGCCUCAGGGUCAACGACAGCAUCUUGUUUGUCAAUGAAGUGGACGUGCGGGAGGUGACCCAUUCAGCCGCGGUGGAGGCCCUCAAGGAGGCGGGCUCCAUCGUCCGCCUCUACGUCAUGCGCCGGAAGCCCCCGGCUGAGAAGGUCAUGGAAAUCAAGCUCAUCAAGGGGCCUAAAGGUCUUGGCUUCAGCAUUGCUGGAGGGGUGGGGAACCAGCACAUCCCAGGGGAUAACAGCAUCUACGUAACAAAGAUCAUCGAAGGGGGUGCUGCCCACAAGGAUGGGCGGUUGCAGAUUGGAGAUAAGAUCCUGGCGGUCAACAGUGUGGGGCUGGAGGACGUCAUGCACGAGGAUGCCGUGGCAGCCCUGAAGAACACGUAUGACGUUGUCUACCUAAAGGUGGCCAAACCCAGCAAUGCCUACCUGAGUGACAGCUAUGCUCCCCCCGACAUCACGACCUCGUACUCCCAGCACCUGGACAACGAGAUUAGUCACAGCAGCUACCUGGGCACCGACUACCCCACAGCCAUGACCCCCACUUCCCCUCGGCGCUACUCGCCUGUGGCCAAGGACCUGCUGGGGGAGGAGGACAUUCCCCGGGAGCCAAGGCGAAUCGUGAUCCACCGGGGCUCCACCGGCCUGGGCUUCAACAUUGUGGGCGGCGAGGACGGUGAAGGCAUCUUCAUCUCCUUCAUCCUGGCCGGGGGCCCUGCGGACCUCAGCGGGGAGCUGCGGAAGGGGGACCAGAUCCUGUCGGUUAACGGGGUGGACCUCCGCAAUGCCAGCCACGAGCAGGCCGCCAUUGCCCUGAAGAAUGCGGGCCAGACGGUCACGAUCAUCGCUCAGUAUAAACCAGAAGAGUACAGCCGCUUCGAGGCCAAGAUCCAUGACCUUCGAGAGCAGCUCAUGAACAGCAGCCUGGGCUCAGGGACGGCCUCCCUGCGGAGCAACCCCAAGAGGGGGUUCUACAUCAGGGCCCUGUUUGAUUACGACAAGACCAAGGACUGCGGCUUCCUGAGCCAAGCCCUGAGCUUCCGCUUUGGGGACGUGCUGCAUGUCAUCGACGCCAGCGAUGAGGAGUGGUGGCAGGCGCGACGGGUCCACUCUGACAGUGAGACCGACGACAUCGGCUUCAUCCCCAGCAAACGGCGGGUUGAGCGACGAGAGUGGUCAAGGUUAAAGGCCAAGGACUGGGGCUCCAGCUCGGGAUCACAGGGUCGAGAAGACUCUGUUCUGAGCUACGAGACGGUGACACAGAUGGAAGUGCACUAUGCUCGCCCCAUCAUCAUCCUUGGGCCCACCAAGGACCGUGCCAAUGAUGAUCUUCUCUCCGAGUUCCCCGACAAGUUUGGAUCCUGUGUUCCCCAUACGACACGGCCCAAGAGGGAGUAUGAGGUAGACGGCCGGGAUUACCACUUCGUGUCAUCCCGAGAGAAGAUGGAGAAAGACAUUCAGGCGCACAAGUUCAUUGAGGCCGGCCAGUACAACAGCCACCUCUACGGGACCAGCGUCCAGUCCGUGCGGGAGGUGGCCGAGCAGGGGAAGCACUGCAUCCUCGAUGUCUCGGCCAAUGCCGUGCGGCGGCUGCAGGCGGCCCACCUGCACCCCAUCGCCAUCUUCAUCCGCCCCCGCUCCCUGGAGAAUGUGCUAGAGAUUAACAAGCGGAUCACAGAGGAACAAGCCCGCAAAGCCUUCGACAGAGCCACCAAGCUGGAGCAGGAGUUCACAGAGUGCUUCUCAGCCAUCGUGGAGGGCGACAGCUUUGAGGAGAUCUACCACAAGGUGAAGCGCGUCAUCGAGGACCUCUCAGGCCCCUACAUCUGGGUCCCAGCCCGAGAGAGACUCUGAUUCCCGCCCUGGCUUGGCCUGGACUCGCGCUGCCUCCGCCGCCCGGGCCCUCGGUCUGGACUGAUUUGCCCAAGCCCUCCGCGCUGCCCUCGCCUCCCUCCCCCCCCUUCUUAUUUAUUUCCUUUCUAACUGGAUCCAGCCCACUGGAGGGGGGACCCCCUCUGCAUGUUUCCCCGCACCCAGAACCGGGCUCCUGAACCCCAGGAACCUGGGGUCUGGCGGGGAGCUGGGCUCCUGGUUCCGAGCCCUUGCUCUUGACGCCGCCUGCCCCCUGCCCGCCCCCAACGCACACUCAGACCCGCCGGGGGCCACCUGUCCUUCCCACCGCCUCCCACACACAUUCCAGAAUCAGGGCCCCUCUCAAGGAGCACCCGCUGCAGGGAUGCAGGCCACAGGCCUCCGCUCUCUCCCGAGGCAGGGUCUGGGGUCACCCCUGCCCCCAUCAUAGUUCCCCAUGUCCCUUGAGUUCUCAUUUAUUUUCUCCAUUUUUUUUUCCUUCUCAAAGGUGGUUUUGGGGGGGAUAAGUAGGGGACUCCCCUCUGGGCCCCCUGCCUUCCACACACCCCCACCUGUUUUCUUUGCCGGUUUGCAUGAGUGGAAGGUCUAACUGUGGCUUUUUUUUUUUUCCUGGGAUUUUUUUUUUCUU